AUGUUCGACGAAUACAAUGAGGAUUAAGGAUUUGUUGAUUAACCUCAUCAAAGAGAGGAGUACGAAGACAGUUACCUGUAUCGUGGAAUAGAUUAAUAUUGCCACCUCACUGAGAUACCCAAGUUGAACACCAAAGUGUAAGUAGACAGAUACAAUACCUUGAUGGAACAAGAUGCGGACACCAAGAACAUUCCUAAAACAUUUGGAAACAAUUUCAAGAAGUUUAUGGAUAAUCAAUUAUAAUUGAGUAAAGACUAUUUCUUUAAGAACCCUAUCCCAAAAGAAAUGGUUACCUUUCUCAAUAAGAAAAAGACUGGCAAAUAAGCGGAUUAUACAAUCCAAGAUUUUAGAGAACUUUUCCAAAAUAAACAAUCGAAUGCUUGGUUUUAAUUUUACAUUGAAAACUUCUCUUUCUUAGAUCUGGUCAACUCCAACAGGAUAGAUGAUCCCGAGAAAUAUAUCAAGUUUAUUGAACAAUAUUUAGCAGGGGCCAGAGAUCCAUCCAAUUUCAUUUCGAGUCGUCCCAUCAAAAAUAGCAAAUAGGAGAAGAAGAAGUAGAAAAGAGAGGAGAGAAUCGAAGUUCAAUCGAUUCAUUAGGGAUAUGUGUUGCCUCAGAUUAUUGAGGAGGAACAAGAUUAAGCUUAACAUCAACAUCAAAAUGAUUAUGAAGAAUCUAAUCAAAUACUCAUCAAUUACGGCAGAGAGGUUGGUUAGAACCCGUAUUAGGAUUGA